UGUUUACUUUAGCAAGCACCCAGCAGCAUCAAAGUUCAGGCUGAAAUAUUUUCAGCUGCCUGUCUCGCAAAAGCCUUGGUGAGCCUUCCCUUCGUCAACAGAAGAGAUCUCAUUUGAAGGACCCUGUUUCCAGCUCGAAGAAGAUGAAGUUCUUCUGGGGCUCAGUGGUCUUCUCGCUCGCCAUCUCCUUGGUCUGGUGUGGCAUCAAGGACCUUCACGGGCACUUUGACCAGGUGGGCGAGGAGGCCCAGCCCCUCCAGCCUCGUGGCCUUCUCAGGAACGAAUCCUUUCGGGUGACGAACCUGUCCCCCGAAUUCCACCAAGAAAACACCGUGACCAAUGACUUGAGCAUGGAAGAAGAGGAGGAGGAGGAGGACUACCUGGACUUCGACAAGAUCUUAGGUGAAGAUGACUACAUCGAUAUCAUCGACAGCAUUCCGGAAACAAUUUCUCACGUCGACCAAGGAAACGUGCUGACCCUCUUUCGUGGGAAGACCAGAAUCCAACGUCUCAACAUACUGAAUGCCUAUUUUGGCUUAGACCUCUACCGAACCCUUCGGGACCAUGUCAACUCUUCCGAUAAUAUCUUCCUGGCUCCGGUUGGCAUCUCCACCGCCAUGGCCAUGGUUUCAUUGGGACUGAGAGGACCAACGCGGGAGGAAGUCUUCAACAUUCUCGGUUUCGAAGACUUUGUGAACACCAGUUCCACGUACGACUACCUGACGAUUCACAACCUCUUCCACAAACUCACGCACCGGCUCUUCCGGAGGAAUUUUGGCUACACCCUCCGGUCGGUCAACGACCUCUACAUCCAAAGGCAGUUUUCCAUCCUGAGUGAGUUCAAGGACAAUAUGAAAAAAUACUAUUUUGCCGAGGCUCAGCUGGCCGACUUCUCCGACCCAACCUUCAUUAAGAACGCUAACGAGCGAAUCCUAAAGCUCACCAAAGGCUUAAUUAAAGAUGCGCUCGUUAACGUGCACCCCGACACGCUGGUGAUGAUCCUCAACUGCUUGUACUUCAAAGGAACCUGGGAAAACAAGUUUCCGGUGGAGGCGACCCACAAACAGACCUUCCGGUUGAACGAGAAAGAGACGGUGAAGGUACCUAUGAUGAAGAUCAAAGCCAGCUUCUUGGCCACCGAAGACAACGAGCUGGACUGCAGAGUGUUGCAGCUGCCCUAUGUGGGGAAUAUCAGCAUGUUGAUUGUGCUGCCCUAUAAGCUGUCCGGCUUGAAGGCCCUGGAGAACCAACUUAGCCCCCAGGUGGUGGAGCGAUGGCAGAAGAGCAUGACCAAUAGAACCCGCGAAGUCGUGAUGCCCAGAUUUAAGCUGGAGAAGAGCUACGACUUGAUCGAAACGCUGCAAGAAAUGGGGAUCGUGGAGCUGUUCACCCCGGGGGGCAACUACUCCGGCAUCUCAGAGGAAAAGAUCACCAUCAAUAAGUUCAAUCAUCAAGGGACCAUCACGGUGAACGAGGAAGGGACCGAGGCUGCCUCCGUGACCACCGUGGGGUUUAUGCCCCUUUCAGCUCAAAUCCGCUUCGUCAUUGAUCACCCGUUCCUCUUUAUGAUCUACGAACACCGUACCAGCUGCCUGCUCUUCUUGGGCAGAGUUGCCAACCCCAGCAAGCAUUAAGAGGGGAGAAUCCGUGGGGACAACUGCAUUUCGAAACCUUUUAGAUUUAUUUACACGAUUACUGGUUUUUAUAGGCAGAGGGAGAGCUCGGGUGCAUCACCGCACGGCUUUCCUCCCCCCCCCUCCCAAAGCUGGUAUGGGUAGUCCUCGACUUACAACCCCAAUUGAGCCCAACCACAUGCCUGUUGCUAAGCGAAACGUUUGUUAAGUGAGCUUGGCCCCGUUUUGCGACUCUUCUUGCCACCGCUGUUAAGUGAAUCGCUGCGGUGGUGAAAAUGAGGAACGCAGCUGUGAAGUCAAUCUGGCUUCCCCGUGGAUUUGGCUUGGCCGGAAGGUCGCUAAAGGGGAUCGUUUGCAACCGUUGUAAGUAGGAACCAGUGGCCAAGCACCUGAAUUUUGAUCGUGCGGCCACGGAGAACCUGCAAUGGGCGUAAGUGUGAAAAGCAGCCAGGAGUCCCCUUUUUUUCCAGUGCUGUUGUCACUACGAAUAGUCACAAAAUGAAUAAUUGUUAAGUGGAGGAUUACCUGUAUCUUCCAGAUGUGUUAAGGUGGCCACCUCCAGAACAGCGGCCUCAACACAUCUGGCAAAUGCCCUAUUGGGGAAAGUUCGCUAAGGAUUGUGCAAUGUUGCCUAAAUAAAAAUAUUACAACAGAGAA